AUGAGUUCAAACUAUUCGCAAAGCUUCUGGUUCUGGAACUACUCUGUUCUACUCUGUAGCUUCGGAAUAACACUGAGUAGUGCAUUUUUGUUCUACACCCGCGGCAGCGCCAUAGGCUUUCUAGCGGCCGUCGCUAUUCCUUUGGAUCUACCAAAUCGCAAUGUAUACAUGGCUUUCAAUUUUGAAUCGAACUAUGCUCUGCCCUUAAAUGAUUCAUAUAAGCAAUGGGUUGAUCGCUGGGACUUGGAUCAACACAUUCUGGGCAUAGGCGGUAAUGUGACGCCUAUCGAUGGCCGCAGUGGUGGCGCCUACGAUAAUAAGUCCAAGCGUUCAAUAGGAGGACCUCCUCGUUACACGCGCCACUCCUUUUAUCGUAGCUUCGUGCAUUAUCUGGAACAUUUUGGACUCAAUGGCAGCGCCUGCUUGCUGCGCACAAUUUGUGAGGUGAGUGCAUCACCUUUAGAUGCACAGAAUGGUUUGCUUGGCAGCAUAUUACAAAUUUUGUUCAUACCAACCACCAGCGCACCUGAGUCCUACCUGCAAAAUGCAAAUAGCGUCUAUGAGGCCUCCUGGCAUGGCACGUGCGGCUUCGACUGUGCUGAUUACAGUAAGAACUGUGACCGCAGCGUGCUGGAUAUGAUAAGCGUUGAACUCUGACUUCCUAGCGCUUAUACGAGCAUAUAGUAUAAACAAACAUAUACGUGUAUGAAUGAAAAGCCCUGAUUCAAAUAAAAGGAAAUGCUGCAGCUAACGCUUUGGAUAACAACCGAAUGCAACCGUACCCGCCCCAUCCAAACUCUCAACUAAGCCUGAUCGCCUGCUGCGUGAAAUGUUUUAAUUUCGGUUAAAACGCUUACGAUGCCUUGCCAACCAGGAGCACAAUGCGCUUGGCUAAGCCCUCCACACAAUAAAUCCGCAAAAUCGGGUGCCUUGCGGUUGGCCCAACCCACGUGCGAUCAUCACUUCCUGCCUGUUCAUCAGCAGCGAUCCGUGGGGAUUCAGUUUAGCACGGCUCGCCGACAUUGUACCAACAAAUUGAUAUGUAAUUAGUUGCAGUUGCCACCAACAACAUGAUUAAGAUGGUAUUUUCCAUGGAGAAUAUAGUACUAUGUCCUAAGAAGCCCGCC